AUGCUGCGGGAGGGGGCCAAGGCCUGGAGCAAUGUCUCGGAGGCCUAUAGCAGCGACCCUGAAGAGGAGGAGGAGGAGGACAUGGUAUGUGAGGAAAAUGAGGACGGAGAGGAAGAGAUGAUGGACCUGAGUGAGCUGCCCACUGCCCUGUUCGCCUGCAGCGUCCACGAGGCCGUGUUCGAGGAGGACCGCCACAGGGAGAGGUUCGAGGCCCUGUUCAGGAUCUACGACGAGCAGACGUCCUUCCAGAUGUUCAAGAGCUUCAGGCGAGUCCGCAUCAGUUUCAGCACUCCGGAGGCGGCCGCCCGCGCUCGCAUCGAGCUCCACGAGACCGAGUUCAACGGCAAGCAGCUCAAGCUCUACUUUGCCCAGGUUCAGAAUUCUGGGGAGGAUAUAGACAAGUCGUACCUGGCUCCUCCUGCGCCCGUCAAACAGUUCCUCAUCUCGCCCCCUGCCUCGCCGCCCGUGGGCUGGAGCCAGAGCGAAGACGCCACGCCUGGUAUCAACUAUGACCUGCUGUGUGCGGUGGCCAAGCUGGGCCCAGGGGAGAAGUAUGAACUGCAUGCGGGUACUGAGUCAACCCCCAGCGUUGUGGUUCAUGUGUGCGACAGCGAUGCAGAGGAUGACAACGACGAAGCGCGGCCCAAGCAGAAACAGCAGAUCGUCCAAACCCGGCGCCCCGACGGCCCGUCGCAAGUCCUGAACUAG